GACAAAUCUUCAAGCAACAUGGCGGCUUCCAGCCAGUUGUCACGCUGAAUGGAAAAUAGAUUUAAUUUCGGAUUAAAUUAGUUUUUUUYCYUAAAUAGUUUUCCCAGGCGAACCGAGGGUCUGUUUUGACCAAUGAAGUCAUUUAGGCGGGAUAGUUCAUCAUGUUAGCAUCACGGRCUGUUAGCAUGGCAGCGGCCUCCAGAUGGAAGGUCGGGUCUUUGACGUCUCUAAGCCGGAGACUGUCCACAGAGAGUCCGGACAUUGAACUUGAACGUCAUGCCUGGCCGAAGCGCACAGUGAAAAAAGACCCCAGCGACUACUCCGUGCUCCUCUUCCCAGGGCAGGGCUCUCAGUUUGUGGGCAUGGGCAGAGGACUCCUGCAGUACCCCAACGUGAAGGAGAUGUUCUCCGCAGCCCAACAGAUCCUCGGUUACGACCUGCUGUCCCUGUGCCUGAAUGGGCCUGCGAAGGAUCUGCAGAAGACGGUUCACUGUCAGCCGGCGGUGUUUGUCACCUCGCUGGCUGCGGUGGAGAAGCUUCAUCAUGUCAACCCAAAGGCCAUUGAGACAUGUGUCGCGGCUGCAGGUUUCAGUGUUGGGGAAUUUGCUGCUCUCGUAUUUUCAGGCGCCAUGAACUUUUCAGAAGCUCUGUAUGCAGUGAAGAUCCGUGCAGAGGCCAUGCAGAAAGCCUCUGAGCUGGUUCCCAGUGGGAUGCUGUCGGUCAUCGGCAGGGCUCAGACUCGUUAUGAAUACGCCUGCCGGCAGGCUGUGGAGCACUGCAGUGGUCUGGGCAUCCAGGAGCCUGUUUGUUCUGUGGCCAGCUACCUGUUCCCUGAUGGAAGAGUCAUCGCAGGACACMAGCAGGCAUUGGACUUCCUCCAGCAGAACGCGCAGCAGCUACAUUUCAUCAGGGCCAAACCUCUAGCGGUCAGCGGUGCUUUCCACACUAAGCUGAUGGCGUCAGCUACUAAGCCCCUCGAAGACGUGCUCAGRCAGAUGGAGGUGCACCGUCCCAACAUCACUGUCUACUCCAACGUGGACGGCAAGCGCUACACAAGCGAGAGCCACGUGCGCAAGCAGCUGCUGAAGCAGCUGGUGUCGCCCGUGAAGUGGGAGCAAGUGCUGCACUUGAUCUACGAGCGACGGCAGGGUGGGGACUUCCCUCAAACCUACGAGCUCGGGCCUGGAAAGCAUCUGGGCARCACGAUAUACAAGUGCAACAGGAGGGCCUUCCAAAACUACCAUCAUGUGGAYGUCACCACAACUGAGGAGUGAUGAUGCAAAGACUCUUGAAUGUAUGUUUUUUUAAUUAAAUAAGGAAGUCAGUUUUUCUCA